AUGGGCGGUCUCAGUUUCCAGCGCCACCAUCUCCAAGGCCGGAUCGAGGGCAGCGUCGAUAAACUCCGGCGAAGCAGGCAGCUCAUCAGAAAAGCCCAACAGGCAGCAGAUCCCAAGAAGAAGAUCGGGCCUACGAGCCCAUCGACUCCGGCGGCUCCUGUUGCCGUGAAGCGGAAGAGGAGGAUUCUUGGGGGAUGA